CGGUGACGCACCCGCGCGCGCGCGAAGCGGAGACAUGGCGAGCAGCCCGCGGCCGAGGAAGCAGCCGCUUCUCCAACGCAGCCGCAGCGGCGCCUCCCGCUUCUGCCACGUGUCCUCCUCCCCCGACAAGCCCCCUCCCCUCUCCCCCAACCUCUCCCUCUCCCUCUCCCUCUCCCUCUCCCGCCCCAAACCCUCCCCCGCCGCCGCCGCCGCCGCCGCCGAGCUCCGCCGCGCCGGAGCCAAGGAGAACAUCCACGGCGGCGCCGGCGGAGGCGUGCGGCGGCCGAGGCCCGGGGCGUCGGCGUGGGCGCUCUCCCCCGGGCGGUCGCCGCCGAGGGUUCCGGAGAUGGCGGCGCCGAGGAGGAGGAGGAGCGCCGAUGGUGGUGCGGUUGGAGGGGGAGGGGUACUUGCAGGGCUGUUCCGGAGGAGGAGGAAGGAGCCGUCAGCCAAGGAGGAGGCCGCGCACCAGCUCCGGAUCCUCGCUGCGCGGCUGCUCCAAUGGCGGUUCGCCAACGCCCACGCCGCUGUGGCGAUCGACGGAGCCGAGUCCGCGGCCCAGAAGAAACUCUUCUAUGCGUGGGUAAGAGUGUCGGAGCUGAGAAAAGUGAUAGCCGCAAAGCAUAUCAUGGUUCAGAGACGGCGGCAGAAGAUGAAGUUGAUGCGUAUAUUGAACCUGCAGGUCCAGCUACUCGUUAGGUGGGAGCCACUCGCCAAACAACAUAACGAAGCAGUGGCCGUCUUGGGCCGGGUCUUGGGCACGGCGUGUAUCUCCCUUCCGUUGGUCGAGGGCGCCCAGGCUAACAUGGUGUCACUACAUAGAUACUUUCGCGAAUCAAUGGACAUCAUGAAAGACGUCGAAGCCAACACCAAGACAUUUUAUUCUAAGGCUGAGACUACAAACUCAAUUCUCAGAGAACUUGAAGAGAUGAUACUGUUAGAAAUAGAAGGGCUACAACAACUAGUGAAACUGUCUAAAGUAAUCACUACAUUAGAGAUGCAUGAACUAAGCCUCAGGGCACACUUAAUUCAAGCAAUGGACGACGACGACGACGGCGACAUCUCUUAUCUCAACUACUAGUUUUCAGCAGCAGUAGCUGCGUCUCUAGCAAUCCGGUCGCGCAACUCUGCGGAUUAGUCUCUAACCCAUUAAUUGACAAGCGAAGAUGGUCGAUGAUCAAAGUGCGUGGAAAAUAGAGGUUUUUUAACCUUACAAUAAUGUUUGUAAUAACAUGAUUAUUUAUCUUUCUCAUCUAUGAGUUAUUCUACAAUCUAUUUAUCACCCUUUUGUUAGGGGGUGAAAAGCCCUGAUCCUUGUAAAUGUGUCAGUUAUUACUGUUGCAUAUUUUAUUGUCCCGCAUCAGAAUUUUUUUUCC